GUACGACGGCAUCGCCAUACGGAGUGAUCGCGUGACCACUGACCAGAUGUUGCUGGCGGCAGCAAACGCGACGACACGCGCCGGCGGUGCGACGGUUCCCUCGCGGCCGGCAUAACCGCGGACGCGGGCACGAGGAGCGGUAACGCGAUGCGCGCGAGUUCCUAACCUGUUCAGCGCUGCGCGGUGCCACCGCGAUGUGAGUCCGCUUCUCCCUACGCGAGCCACGUGAAUUCCUCGUAGAAUCCUCUGUCCCUCCCGUGUCAUCGAGCGGUGCCCCCUCCCCCCCCUCCCCCCGAAAUGGCGUGUCCGGUGGAACGGCUCAGAGUCUACUUCGUCACGUAUAAUGUGGCCACAAAGUUCCCGGAUCCCAGGCAGGAUCUCGAGCAGCUCCUGGGCAUUACACCUGGCGACGAGUCCAAGCUGUGGCCAGACUUGUAUUUCAUCGGUUUACAGGAAGUUAAAUCGCAACCGCAAAAUAUAGUAUUGGACUAUAUACUGUACGAGGAUCCGUGGACCAGGGCCUUCAGAGACGUGCUGAAGAAGUAUGAUUACGUGAAGAUUCGCUCGCAACGACUACAGGGUCUUGUUCUGAAUGCUUUCUGUCUGAGGAAGCACUUGACGCACUUGAGGCUGAUAGAGACUCAGUACACCAAGACGGGUCUCGGUGGCAUGUGGGGAAACAAGGGUGCGGUGAGCGUAAGAAUGAACGCCUACGGAAUCAGCGUUUGCGUGGUGAACACGCAUUUGACUCCCCACGACCACCUGCUAGCCGAUAGAAUAGCAGAUUACAAUACCAUCGUGACAGAUCAUACUUUUACCGCUCCGUUUACAUCGAGAAUAUUAUAUCACGAUUACAUAUUUUGGAUCGGUGACUUAAACUUUCGGCUCAACGGAGAGGAGUUAAGCGCCGUCGACAUCGAGUUACUAGUGAAGCGAAAUCAAUUGGGGGAACUUCUCGAGAGAGAUCAGCUGAGGGCGGUGAUGAAGGAGCAGCAAGCUUUCGCCGAACUAAAUGAAAGUAGCAUCGCGUUCCCGCCUACUUACAAAUACGAGUUCGAGUCCCAGGAAUUUGAUCUCAAGCGCAGACCGUCUUGGACUGACAGGAUUUUGUACAAGGUAAAUGCGGUAGACAUAUACGACGACAUAGAAAUUCACGCUGAGCAGCAUACUUACAAGAGUCAUCCCGAAUACAGUGUUUCGGACCACAAACCUGUAACUGGAGAAUUCGAUAUCGUGGUCAGACCUAAUGUAGAAGAUCACAGUGUGGAAUUUCAAGAUUGUACUGUAGAGGAAAAUUUUAUAUCUUACAAACUGCAGAGAGAUUUCACCCCGGGCAACGGAGACUGGAUAGGUCUCUUUUCUAACGAAUUCUCCAGUUUAGAUGAUUACAUCAUUUACGAAUAUGUUAGCCGCGGUAAACCAACAUCAGUUUCUGACGAGCCUCACGCGAACACGGAACGAAUAUCGUACAAUGACUCGGCGCUUCGUCUGUCAGAAAUGUAUUGCUUGGUGUACGUAGCUCAAAGAGGAGAUCUUGUGGAGAUCUUGGGCGUGAGUCCGGAAUUUUCGGGUCCUCGUAGAUCAAUCGAACAGUGCGUUUCAUCUACAUAAAUUUUAUAGCGAAGUAUCAAUUUACUUAAAAAAAAAGCUUGCGCGUGAUCGGUAAUCGUCUUGUUAAAUGACUAAAUAUCAAACUUUGUGCAAUUUCCUAGAGGAACAAAAAUAUUUCCUCGACUUGAUUUUCCUAUUUUGUCAUAUCUCUCUCUCUCACAAUCUUUUCUGCAAAUAAUAUUUUAAAUAGGGUGAAAUAGGUUUAUUACUCAAAGUUGUGAGUAGGAAAGUGAAUCAAAAAAAAAAUAUGGCCUUUAAUCAAAGGGUGCUUUUGGUAGGGUGUGGUAAGUUUAUAAAUUAGAAGCAUCGCGAAAAGAACAGCCGAUGCUUUGCAUGUAGGAUUUAAAAUAUUUAAAUGUUACUUUUGGUACCUGGUUUUCGCACUCUCGGGCUGCCGCUUGGGGUGCGCCGCGGCGUAUUUAACGUCCGCUUUAGAUAGAGCUUGCAGUGAGUGCACCGUCACGUUUUUCUGCACGCGAGAUCUUCCUCGAGCCAUUAACGCCCGCCGUUAUUAGAGAAUAGGAUAGGUGUGCGACCAGUUUUCCUGCCUCUCGAGCGUUAAUGGGCUGUGACGAGUGCGCUCACGGUUUUUGUACAUCAUGACUAUUUUCUUAGCAUAAUUUUUCGCAGAAAAUUUGGAUUCUGGCAAGGUACGCUUGUUAUUAUAAAAACCAUGUUUGUUAUAUACACAUACAUAUAUAUGUAUAGCGCGCCGUUGGAACAAAGUAAACGAACAAAUACAACUAUGGUUUCAAAGGGAA